AUGGACACUACCGACACCACCGACACCACCCCCAGACUCAAGGCAGCCAUUCUGAUCGUCUCGGAUACGGCCUCGCAGGACCCCGCUUCAGAUAAGACGGCCAAUGCCCUCGCCCCCCUCCUCGCCGCGGAGGGGAACGGUGGAACGGGCUUCGCAGUCAGAGACAACACUCCCGAGGCAGUUUCUCCCCUGAUCCAUCGCCAUGCCCCGGGCUUAAUCCAUGGCAUGAUCGCCGCUUCGUUGAAAGUAACGCCAUUUGCGAUGAUGUCUCGUCCAGUUGCAGGAGUCCGUGACAAGUCUUUGAUAAUUACUUUGCCCGGAUCCCCGAAAGGAGCCAUGGAGAAUCUCGACGCCGUUGUGAAGCUGUUGCCUCAUGCCUGUUUGCAGGCUGCUGGCGCCAGUUCUCGAAGCAUGCAUGCCGGCGGCGUCAAGAAGCUGGAGGCUGAAGCUGGCAUUAGCUCAGCUCCAGAGCAGCGGGAGCAGGGCAUUCCCAAGGCACAUACCACUGCGGCAGACCGACCUCAGUCCAAUGAUCCGUCCGCUGGCCCUAACCAGCGUUAUCGCUCUUCGCCGUACCCAAUGCUUUCUGUAGGGGAAGCUCUCUCUCAGAUCAGCGAGCAUACCCCCGAACCCACUGUUAUUGAAGUCCCCGUGAACCUGUCUGUUGUGGGCUCAAUCGUCGCCGAAGACGUCUAUGCUGCCGAGGCGGUGCCAGCAUACAGAGCCAGCAUCGUCGACGGCUACGCUGUCACUGCAACCGACUCCCCGGCGGGCCCUAGCACGAAAGGUGUGUUCCCCGUAGCCUCGAUCACUCAUGCCAACGUCGGCGGAGCCCUAGAGCCACUCCAGCCGGGGACCAUUGCUAGAAUUACCACCGGGGCUCCCCUCCCUCCGAAUGCGAACGCCGUAGUCAUGGUUGAAGACACCGUCCUGGCCUCAUCAACUCCAGAUGGGACCGAAGAAGCGACCGUCGAAAUUCUGACCGGCGACAUUCGGCCCGGUGAGAACGUCCGUGAGCCUGGUAGUGACGUUGCCCUUGGCUCCAAGAUCCUCUCACGUGGAGACGUAAUCUCUCCUGUUGGCGGCGAGGUUGGUCUUCUGGCUGCGACGGGCACCCGGACCGUCAAGGUGUUCAAGAAGCCACGGGUGGGUGUUCUGAGCACUGGAGACGAACUGGUGGAGCAUGACGAUCCCCGGACCCUCACUGGGGGCCAGAUCCGCGACUCUAAUCGCCCCUCCCUCCUGUCAUGUCUCCAAUCCUGGGGCUUCCCCACUGUCGAUCUCGGUAUUGCACGCGAUACCCCCGUUGGCGAGAUCGAGCAUGCACUGCGUGACUCGCUACGCGGCGUGGGCCGUGCCUCGUCCAGCGUCGAUGUCAUCGUUACCACGGGUGGCGUCUCAAUGGGUGAGCUGGAUCUCCUCAAGCCUACCAUUGAGCGAUCUCUCGGCGGCACAAUUCACUUUGGCCGCGUGUCGAUGAAGCCUGGCAAACCGACCACCUUUGCUACGAUCCCGUUCAAGGAGGCCGCCACAGGCGCGACCGAGAGUACUCAGCAAGAACGCAAGUCGAAGCUCAUCUUCUCGCUACCCGGGAACCCGGCCUCUGCCCUGGUGACCCUGAACCUGUUCGUGCUGCCUUCGCUGCACAAGCUUUCCGGUCUUGGCGAGAGCUCGCAGGCACUGGCCACGAAGACCUGGAUGGCACCGCAGCUUGGCCUUCCUCGCGUGGCCGUCGUCCUGACACACCACUUCCCUCUCGACCCCAAGCGGACCGAGUACCACCGUGCUGUGGUGACCGGCUCGCGCUCCGAUGGCCGGCUAUACGCUACCAGCACCGGUGUCGGCGGUACCGGCCAGCGAAGCUCGCGGGUUGGUAGCAUGGCAUCCGCCAAUGCCCUGGUCAUUCUGCGUCCUGGCCGGGGAGUAGGCAUCAAAGGCGAGAUCAUGGAGGCGCUGAUGAUGGGCCCUGUUUACGGUUCGGACACCCGACUGAUUUGCUAA